AGUAUUUCAGCAAAUGUAUUUAUGAUACAAAUUAUGACCAACUUGUUGUUUAUGUUUUUAAUAAUCCAAUAUCUAUAGCUGGUUGUGCAGCAUAAAUUUUUGACAGGAAAUAAUCUGUUGAUAACUUUUUUUGCAGGGAAUGUUUGAGCCAUACUUGAAAGGAUUCUUUGUCCAUUCUAAUGAUCCUACACACAUCCGUUUAUUGAAACUUGAAGUUAUGACAAAUAUUGCCGGAGAGACAAGUAUUGGUACAAUACUUAGAGAGUUCCAGAGCUAUAUUUCCAGUCCAGAUAAACAGUUUGUGGCAUCAACAAUUCAAGCCAUUGGGCGAUGUGCCUCAAACAUCUCCGAGGUUACAGAGACCUGCUUAGCUGGCCUUGUGAGACUGCUUUCUAAUAGAGAUGAGAUAGUAGUGGCAGAGAGUGUAGUAGUCAUCAAAAAACUUCUACAGCUUAAGCCCAAGGGGAAUUCAGAGAUCAUCAUGCACAUGGCAAAAUUAGUAGAUACUAUCACGGUACCAAUGGCUAGAGCAAGUAUUCUGUGGUUAUUGGGAGAAUACUGUGAAAGAGUGCCCAAGGUAGCACCAGAUGUUUUGAGGAAAAUGGCAAAAACAUUUGGAUCGGAGGAAGACAUUGUCAAGUUACAAAUUUUGAAUUUAGCUGCAAAGCUCUUCAUCACAAACCCUAAGCAGACAAAACUUCUUGGACAGUAUGUACUGAACCUUGCAAAAUAUGACCAGAGUUAUGAUGUUAGAGACAGAGCUAGGUUUUUACGCCAACUGCUCAUUCCAAGUGAUACGGGAGGUCAUCUUAGUAAACAUGUGAAGAAGAUUUUCCUGGCUUCAAAACCACCCCCAAUAAUACAAUCAGUGUUUAAAG